GGGGACAGGACCGGCUGCACACGCACGUGCAAGCCCCUCGCGGGUGCGCACGCGGGCGCAAGGCUCAGCCCGAGCCACGUGGCCGCCGCUCGAGGCCGCAGCAGGAACAAGGGCCGGAGGGGCCGGGCGCGAGCACCGCUCCCCGCCGCAGUGUGUAAUUUCAGCAGAGCCUCAGCGCGGGGCAGGAGCACGUCGACCUUUUCACCCGUUUUCCUACCGGGGGGAUUGCAGCCUGUUUCCUGUUAAACCUCGCCGAGAACCGGCUCCAUCCUGCUGGCGAAGGGGGUGGAGGGGGGGGGGGAUCUGGGGGAGCCCCGGCCGAGGGGGGCUUGGGUUUCCCUCCCCGCUCGCUCCCCUUCGUCCCGCUUCGUCCUCCUCUUCCUCCUCCUUCCCCUACCGCCGUUCCCGUGCGAGGCUUCGGGCGCCUUCGGCAGCCCGGGGAGCAGGGAGGCAACGUGGAAAAUUGCUGCGAGGAAGGAGCCGAAGGCGGGAGUGAUAAAUAUUGAAAGGGUGGGAUUUCGAUGUAGGCUGCAACAGCUGUGCUGGUUACAGUGUCACACUAUCUCUCCACAGGUUUACUGACCCAUUUCCAUUCACACGGCUGCCAGUAUCUUAGCAACUGCAACAGUCCCCCAAGAACAGGCAUAUUGCCUGCUAUUAGUGACUGCUGCAACUGUGUCAAGAUGGGAGCUCGGUCGCCUGCCAGCCCGGCGCACUGGAGAACGGUGCCAGCCCGCCAGCCGAGUGGUUCCCGCGCGCCCAGGGCUCCGGCCUCCGCCAGCCCAGCAGCGACGGCGACGGCCCCGACCGCAGCUUCAAAGUGAACCUGCACUGCAAGCACCCGCGGCCCAGAUCGGAGGCAGCCUCCCCCUGCCCCGCUCGCAGCCCCGACGCCAGGGUGAUGGGCACAGGCUGCCCUCUCGGCUGCGCCAGCUUGGGAGCACCCCAGGGAGGACCAGCCCCUGAGAGCUCAAGUGCAACAGCAGGAGCAGCAGCAAAGCCGAGGGUCCCUGUCUCACCAUCCCCGACCCCCAUGUCAGCAACUGCUCGGCCAAGCGGCACGCGGGGGAGGAGGAGUUCAGGAUGCGCGUGAAGCCCCCGGGCCCAGUGGUAACGACCAGCGUUGUGCGCGGCUCGCCCGACUACGUCCGAGAGCCCAAGUUCUACCCGCCGGGGCACCCGGCGCAGCGGCCCCCGGCCUGCCCGGCGGAGAAGGCCUUAUCCUGCAGCGUGCUGAGCUUCCCUGAGGGCUCGUGCCCCGCGCUCGGCCGGGAGCACCAGGCAGGCUCGCUGCUGCACGGCGACCCGGCCGACCGGUGCCAGAGCGUGCACGGCGGCACCAAGGCGGCCGAGGACUUGCUGGGCUGCGCCGGCGAGCCCCGGAUCCUGGGGGGCAGCGCGGAGGAGGCAGCCGCCCGCGACCGGGCGCCCAAGACCUUCCCCAACGCGACGCUGGCCUCGGGCCGCUGCAACGUCGACAGCAUCGUCGCCCUGCUCCGGAGCAAGUGCGGCAACGGGCACAUCAACCUCCACCCCGUGGUGCAGCUCAUCGACAUCAUGAAGGACCUCAACCGCCUCUCCGAGGACCUCAAGAGCAGCGGGGUGCACCUGGACUGCGGCAGCCUCCGCGGCGGCGGCGGCGGCGGCCACGAGGACGGCCGCCUCCUGCCCGCCGACCGCGACCUCCAGUACAGCUUCUUCUCCUCGCCCUCCCUGGCCAACAGCAUCCGCAGCCCCGAGGAGCGCGGGGUGCUCUGCAAAGCGGAGCCACCGCGGCACCCCCGGCCCCCGGCCCGCGACGGGGAGGCCGAGGGCGGGGGGGGGAGCGCCCCGCAGCCUCCUCCGGCCUCCAAAGCGCCCGCGGAGGAAGCCGGUUGCUCCCAGCCCGACGCCGGCGACUACUCGGACCUGGCCGAGGCGGACAUCCUGAACGAACUGGCCUCCCUGGCUUGCCCGGGGACGCAGCUGCUGGAGUCACAGUCGAUGGAGGCGCAGCCCCAGUUGCUCCCGGCCCAAGAGCUGGACUCCCAGUCCCGGCUGCUGGAUUCCCAGUCCCUGGAGUCGCAGCCCCAGCUGCUCGAUUCGCAGAGCUUGGAGCCGCUGCCGGAGUCGCUGGAGCUGCAGAACCUGGAGCCGCUGGGGCUGCAGUCGCUGGAGCCGCUCUCCGAAUCGCUGGAGCUGCAGUCGCUGGAACCGCUCUCCGAAUCGCUGGAGCUGCAGUCGCUGGAGCCGUUGGCGGAGCCGCUGGGGCUGCAGACGCUGGAGCCGCUGCCCGGAGCCCUGGAGCCGCAGCUCCUGGAGGCGCGGGCCCCGCUGCUGGCAACCGAGCCCUCGCUGCUGGAGGCGCAGCCGCUGGGGCCCGUGCCGGAGCUGCUGGAGGCGCAGGCGGGCACCGGGGACCCGCUGCGGCCCCACAGCCUGCAGCCCCGCCUGGGGGGGUGUCCCCUGAGCGGCGUGGUGAAACGCGGCCCCUGCGGGGGCCGGGGGGCCGGGAGAUGCGGCGAGGACCACCGCAAGUACGCGCUGCGCCGGACUGACAAGCCAAAGAUGCUGUGCCGCAGGAGGAGGGCAGGGCGAGGGCGCCGGGCAGACGUCGCCCCCGAGAGCCGCGUCCUGCCCCUCGCCCUGCCCGCCGAGGUGCCCCCGGGGCCCGAGGAGCCCAGCACCCCGCUGCUGACCCCCCCGCCGCCCCCCGAAGCCCUGGACCCCGACGAGGUGCCCAAGGCCCCCGCGGCGGGGAAGAAGAGCAAGUGCCGUGGGGUGCGGAAGAUGGUGGUGAAGAUGGCCAAGAUCCCCGUGUCGCUGGGGAGGAGGAACAAAACCACCUACAAGGUGUCGUCGCUCAGCAGCAACCUGAACCUGGAGGGCAAGGAGCUGGCGGCCAGCAGCUCCAUGGAGCCCACGCCGCUGCUCAAGAUGAAGAACAACGGGCGCAACGUGGUGGUGGUCUUCCCCCCCGGCGAGAUGCCCAUCAUCCUGAAGCGCAAGCGGGGCAGGCCCCCCAAGAACCUGCUGCUGGGCCAGGCCAAACCCAAGGAGCCCGCCCCGGAGGUGAAGAAGAGGAGGAGGAGGAAGCAGAAGCUGGCCUCUCCCCAGCCCUCCUACAUCGCCGACACCAACGACAGCAAGGCCGACUACUCGGACGUGCUGGCCAAGCUGGCGUUCCUCAACCGGCAGAGCCAGUGCUCGGGGCGCUGCUCGCCGCCCCGCUGCUGGACGCCCAGCGAGCCCGAGUCCAUCCACCAGGCACCUGACACCCAGAGCAUCUCCCACUUCUUGCACCGCGUGCAGGGCUUCCGCCGGCGCGGCGGCAAGGCGGGCGGCUUCGGCGGGCGCGGCGGUGGGCACGCCGCCCGCGCCUCCCGCUGCUCCUUCAGCGACUUCUUCGAGGGCAUCGGCAAGAAGAAGAAGGCCCCCGCCGCCGUGCACGCCGACCCCGUGCACCCGCGCAAGAGGGGCCGGCCGGAGCCCGACCCCGUGGGCAAGCCCAAGCGCAAGCGGCGGACCCGCAAGAACGGGGUGCUCUUCCCCGAGCAAAACCCCGGCCAGAGCUUCAGCGACAGUGCCUCUGAGUGGGCCGGGGAGAAGGGCAGCCCUUGGGCCCCCCACCACGGCCACGCCGCCGGCCAGGCCAGCCGCAACUGCAGCUACCAGGGGGCCGAGGCCAGGCCCUUCCACGCCGCGGCGCUGGAGUCGGGCUCCUCCGGCCGGGCCGGCUUCUACGCCGGCAGCGCGGCGUCCUCGCAGGCCGAGGUCAGCCAGGAGCGGCACAGCCUCUUCACGGGGUAUUUCCGCUCCUUGCUGGACUCGGACGACUCCUCCGACCUGCUGGACUUCGCCCUCUCGGCCUCGCGCUCCGAGUCCCGUAAAUCGGCGGCCGCCUACACGGCUCCCCCCAACGCCCUGGCGGGCCAACGGGGGGGUCUGGCCGCCUACCCGGCCCGGGGGGGCAAAGUGGCGGCGUCAGCAGCGGCCCCCGGCGCCGAGGCCGCCUUCCACGCGGCCAUGCAAGGCCGCCAGGCCUUCCCGCCCGGCCGCCCCGCCGCUGGUUACGGGGUGGCCCAAGGAGCCUCGGAGUGCCGCGGCGCCGAGGCCUUCCCCAAGCUGGUGCCGCCCUCGGCCGUGUCGCGGUCGCCCACGGCUCACCCGGCGGCCAGCGGCACCCCCGGCUACCCCCAGUACGGCGGCUACAGCGCGGGGCAGAGCGUGGCUCCCGCCAGCGUCUUCCCCCCGGGGAAGCAGUACCCGUCGGCGCAGGACUGCCCCACCAGCAAGGACUGCAGCUUCGCCUACGGCAGCGGCAGCAGCCUCCCGUCCUCCCCCAGCAGCGCCCACAGCGCCGGCUACGCGCCGCAGACGGCCGGCCCCAGCCUGCCGCUGGGCAAGGCCUCCUUCUUCAACAGCGCCGAGGGCGGCCAGUUCUCCAGCGCCGCUCACACCCCGCUGCGCUGCGACAGCCGGGCCAGCACCGUCUCGCCCGGAGGCUACAUGGUGCCCAAAGGCUCGGCCUCCUUCCAGCCCUCGCCCGAGAACUGCCGGCAGUUCCCCAGCGCGUCCCAGUGGGCUUUCCGGCAGGGCUACGGCGGGUUGGACUGGAGCUCGGAGGCCUUCAGCCAGCUCUACAACCCGGGCUUCGAGUGCCACCUCAACGAGCCCAACGUCAUCCUGGACAUCUCCAACUACACCCCGCAGAAGGCCAAGCAGCAGACGGUCUCGGAGACCUUCUCCGAGUCGUCCUCCGACAGCACCCAGUUCAACCAGCCGGCCGGCUACCGGCGCGCCAACAGCGAGGCCUCGUCCAGCGAGGGCCAGUCCAGCCUCUCCAGCCUGGAGAAGCUCAUGAUGGACUGGAACGAGGCGUCCUCGGCCCCCGGCUACAACUGGAACCAGAGCGUCCUCUUCCAGAGCAACUCCAAGCCCGGACGGGGCCGGCGGAAGAAGGUGGACAUGUUCGACACGUCCCACCUGAACUUCUCCUCCUCGUCCUCCUCCUCCUCCGUGUACCCCUCCAAGAGGAGCACGGGGCCCCGGCAGCCCCGGGGCUCCCGUGGGGCUUGCGCCUCCAAGAAGGAGCGGGGAACGGGCAAGGCCAAGUUCCCCACCAAGUCGCAGCCGGUGAACCCCCUCUUCCAAGAGAGCACGGACCUGGGCUUGGACUACUACAGCGGGGACAGCAGCAUGUCCCCCCUGCCCUCCCAGUCCCGGGGCUUCGGGGUGGGCGAGCGGGACCCCUGCGACUACGCCGGGCCCUACUCCAUGAACCCCUCCACCCCCUCGGACGGGACGUUCGUGCAGGGCUUUCAGAGCGACUCCCCCGGCCUGGGGCAGCCGGAUUUGGAGAGCAAGCACUUCCCCGCCCUCCCUCACCAGCUGGCGGCCCCCGGCCAGCAGACUGUCUUCGAGGCCGGCCUGCAGAAAGCCUUCUCGCCCAACUGCUCGCCCACGCUGGCCUUCAAGGAGGACCUGCGGGCGGGCGACCUCCGCAAGCUGCCCGCCUGCGACUCGCUCAAACACAGCAUGCAGGGGGGGGCCCUGCCGCACGCCCCGCACAUGGCCUGCCGCGACCUCCCCAUGCCUCAGCCACACUACGACUCCCCCAGCUGCAAAAAUCCCCCCUACUGGUACUCGCCCAACGCCAGCACCCGCAGCCCCUCCUCGUACGACGGCAAGGCGGGGGCCGGCAUGCUGGUGGACUUCAUGGGCAGGACGGACCCCUCGUGUCUCAACCCCCACCUGAGCAGCCCGAGCGGCACCCACCCCCCCAAGGGCGAGAAGGAGCCCUUGGAGAUGUCCCGGGCUCACCACCGAGGCCCCUACGCUUGCCCCCUGAUCAAUGACUUGAAUAUCUCCCCCGUACCGAGAGACUCUAUGCUGCAGCUGCAGGACAACUACAGGUACCCCAGUUUUGCACCCCAAGGGCACCCCGUCAUGGCCCCCACCCAGAAGAGCGGGUUUUUGGGGCCGAUGGUAGAGCAACAGCACCCCGAGGACACUUUUACGGUCACCUCAUUGUAGUGUCUGCUGACGUGCCAACCGGACAACGAGGUUUUGUUACAGGAGGUAAUUUAGCCAGCACUUUUUUUCUGGAACACUUUUCAAGUUCUGUAUUUAACUGGGAUUGGAACCGUUUGUUUGUUUUCUAAAAAAAAAAAAAAAAAAAGGAAAAAAAAAAGGGGGAAAAAAAAGAAAAAAAAAGAAAA